UCCCGCCCAUGCCGAUGUAAACAAAGGCGCACUGCGCAUGCGUUAGUGCCAAUAAUGGAGGAGCGCCGUUGUUCGCUGUAAUGAUGCCUCGCUUUCCACUCCGUUAACUCGCCAGUCUAGAGGCCCAACGACUCGUCCACUUUGCGCCUCACAGUUGAUGUGGAAGAAGGUGUCCACCAUGAGUACAAACUCAGCCACCAAGAGUGGGGCCUGCAAGAUCAUGACGUUCAGCCCGUCCUCGGAUGACUUUAAGGACUUCAGCCGCUACAUCGCCUACAUGGAGUCACAAGGAGCACACAAAGCCGGAAUGGCAAAAGUAAUUCCUCCCGAAGGCUGGAGACCCAGGAAGACUUACGACGACAUCGACGACCUGGUCAUUCCCGCUCCCAUCCAACAGGUGGUGACGGGCCAGUCGGGCCUCUUUACUCAGUACAACAUCCAGAAGAAGCCCAUGACGGUCAGUGAGUUCCGCAAGACCUCCAACAUGGACAAGUUCUGCAAUCCCCAAUAUGUUGACGUCGAUGAACUUGAGCGCAAGUUCUGGAAGAACCUGACUUUCAACCCUCCCCUCUAUGGAGCAGACGUCAGCGGAAGUCUCUACGACCCGGGCGUGGCCGAGUGGAACGUGGGCCAACUGGACACCAUCUUGGACAUGGUGCAGCACGAGAGCGGGAUCAAGAUCAAAGGAGUCAACACCCCUUAUCUUUACUUUGGCAUGUGGAAGAGCACCUUUGCCUGGCACACAGAGGACAUGGACCUCUACAGCGUCAACUACCUUCACUUUGGAGAGCCCAAGUCAUGGUAUGCAGUCCCGCCAGAACACGGGAGGAGAUUGGAGCGACUUGCCAAGGGUUUCUUUCCUGGCAACGCUCAGAGCUGCGAGGCCUUCCUGCGCCACAAGAUGACCUUGAUCUCGCCGUCAAUCCUCAAGAAGUACGGAAUCCCGUUUGAAAAGGUGAAGCAGGAGGCGGGCCAGUUCAUCGUGACCUUCCCGUUCGGUUACCAUGCGGGAUUUAACCACGGCUUCAACUGUGCCGAGUCCACCAACUUUGCCACGCAGCGAUGGAUCGACUACGGCAAGCAAGCCACGCUGUGCUCGUGCCGCCAGGACAUGGUGAAGAUCUCCAUGGACGACUUUGUGCGCAAAUUCCAGCCGGAGCGCUACAAGCUGUGGAAGGCGGGAAAAGACAACGCUCCCAUCGACCACUCCAAACCCACGCCGGAGGCCGCCGAGUUCCUCAAAGACCAGAGCGUGUCCCAGAAAGAGAGUCGUCCUAGCGGCAAAUGUGACGGUCCAAGAAGCCCCGCCCACGAGAACAGCAGUCCCAAACUUCAGAAGGGGACCAAGCGUCCAUUGGAAGCCUCCGAGGACCUCAAAGCUGACCCGGGUGAAGAAGAGGCGGAGCCAAAGAAGGUCAAGCUGACCACUAUGGAGUCUCCUGCUCAAGUCACAACAGACACACAUGACCGGGCAAUCAAAGUGGAGUCAUCGCCUCAGGAGAAAGAGCAAGAAGACCAGUCCAGCAUCAAACUAACGCCCCCCAGACAAGAAAGUCCGACAACAAACGAGCAUGACGCUCCUCCUGCAGACGGCCUCUGCCCCGAUACCACGGAAGGCAAGGUGGAGGCGCCGUGCUCGGCGGAAGGCAAGGUGGAGGCGCCGUGCUCGGCGGAAGGCAAGGUGGAGGCGCCGUGCUCGGCGGAAGGCCAGGUGGAGGCGCCGUACUCGGCGGAAGGCAAGGUGGAGGCGCCGUGCUCGGCGGAAGGCAUGGUGGAGGCGCCGUGGUCGGGGGAAGCCCAGGUGGUGGCGCCGUGCUCGGCGGAAGGCCAGGUGGGAGCGCCGAGCUCGGCGGAAGGCCAGGUGGAGGCACCGAGCUCGGCGGGAGGCCAGGUGGAGGCACCGUGCUCGGCGGAAGCCCAGGUGGAGGCACCGUGCUCGGCGGAAGCCCAGGUGGAGGCGCCGAGCUCGGCGGAAGGCCAGGUGGAGGCGCCGAGCUCGGCGGAAGUCCAGGUGGAGGCACCGUGCUCGACGGAAGGCCAGGUGGAGGCGCCAAGCUCGGCGGAAGGCCAGGUGGAGGCACCGUGCUCGGCGGAAGGCCAGGUGGAGGCACCGUGCUCGGCGGAAGGCCAGGUGGAGGCGCCAAGCUCGGCGGAAGGCCAGGUGGAGGCCCCGAGCUCAGCGGAAGACCAGUCCAGCAUCAUGCAAACGCCUCCCAGACAAGAAACGAACGAACACGACGCUCUUCCUGCAGACACCUUCUGCCCCGAUUCGGCGGAAGGCCAAGUGGAGGCGCCGUGCUCGGCGGAAGGCCAGGUGGAGGCUCCAAGCUCGGGAAAAGGCCAGGUGGAGGCUCCAAGCUCGGCAAAAGGCCAGGUGGAGGCUCCAAGCUCGGCAAAAGGCCAGGUGGAGGCUCCAAGCUCGGCAAAAGGCCAGGUGGAGGCUCCAAGCUCGGCAAAAGGCCAGGUGGAGGCGCCAAGCUCCGCAAAAGGCCAGGUGGAGGCGCCAAGCUCCGCAAAAGGCCAGGUGGAGGCGCCAAGCUCCGCAAAAGGCCAGGUGGAGGCGCCAAGCUCCGCAAAAGGCCAGGUGGAGGCGCCAAGCUCGGCGGAAGGUCAGGUGGAGGAGUUGUGCUCGGCCCAGGCCAUUGUCAGCGACGAGGAGGCGGAGGUGGGCACGGGCGGCCUGGCGCACAAAGUCUUCCAGAGGACGCUGAGCCCCGCCGACGUGCUGCACGUGCACAGUUACGCCAAGGGAGACUACGCAGAGGACGAGGCCCCGCCCAAAGUAGAAGAGGAAGAGGAGGCGAAGGACCCAGGUGAAAAAAUGGUUGAGGCGGAGAAAGACGUAAGCAAACAGGGGGCAGUAGAGGCGAAAGUGGCAUGUGAGCCGAGUGAUCUGGGUCAAUUGCCUGUCCACCACCCGCUCAUCAAGGACGGCCUGAGCGACGAAGAGGCUCCAGAGGAGGCGUCCCCUGUGGAGGAAGGGGGUCUGGAAGGCGAAGGCUGGACCAAACCUCUGGCCCACCUGUGGCAGAACAGACCCCCCAACAUGAAGAAGGAGAAAGAGUACAACCAGAGGAUGGGCUCCAAGCCUCCGUACUGCUCCAUCUGCACGCUCUUCCUCACGUACCAGCAGACCGAGCGUGCCAGCGGCGCCAACGCUCCCGUCAUGGCGGGCGGAGGGCGGAUGCGGACCAAGCCGCUGAUCCCGGAGAAGUGCUUCACCACCACCACGGAGGACGACGCCGAGUGCGAGGAGCCGCCGCUCACGCCUCGCCUGGAGGAGGACGGCACCAGCCUCCUCAUCAGCUGCUCGCAGUGCAGCGUCCGCGUCCACACCAGCUGUUACGGCGUCGAUCCGGCCAGGGUCAGCAAGGAGUGGAAGUGUGCCCGCUGCAAAGCCAACGCCAUGGUGGAGAACUGCUGUUUGUGCUGCCUGAGGGGCGGGGCUCUGCAGAAGGCCAACAACAACAAGUGGGUGCACGUGCUGUGCGCCGUAGCUGUGCUGGAGGCCCGCUUCGUCAACAUCACAGAGAGGACUCCUGUGGAUCUGAGUGGGAUUCCCCUGCAGAGAUUUAAACUGAAGUGUUACUACUGCAAGAAGAGGAUGAAGAAGGCGUCGGGCUGCUGCGUGCAGUGCUCACACGGCCGCUGUCCCACCGCCUACCACCCCACCUGCGCGCAGGCCGCCGGCGUCCUCAUGCAGCCCGACGAGUGGCCCUUCGUGGUGCACGUCACCUGCUGCCGACACAAAGGCCCCGCCCAGAUCGAACGCAACACGGCGGCCAUGCACGAGCUGAGCGUGGGCCAGAAGGUGAUCUGCAAGCACAAGAACGGCCGCUACUACCAGUGUGACGUGGUGCAGCUCUCCAAGGAGACCUUCUACGAGGUCAACUUCGACGACGGCUCCUUCAGCGACAAUCUGUUCCCCGAAGACAUCGUGAGCCGAGACUGCGCCCAGCUGGGACCUCCCCCCAAGGGCGAGGUGGUCCAGGUGCGGUGGACGGACGGCCUCAUGUACGGCGCCAAGUUUGAGGCAUCCCGCGUCAUCCAGAUGUACCUGGUGGAGUUUGAGGACGGCUCCCAGCUGACGGCCAAGCGAGACGACGUGUACACGCUGGACGAGGAGCUACCCAAGAGGGUCAAGUCCCGACUGUCCAAGGCGUCGGACAUGAGGUUCGACGGCAUCUUCGAGGACAAGGAGAUCAUCCAGGAGUCCAAGAGGCAACGGGUCAUUAAUUCACGGUACCGCGGCGACUACAUCGAGCCCGUCAUCUACAGAGCCAUCAUGGAGUAGCGCCACCAUGGACCACUUGCAUCAGGACCACGCCAGACUUUUUCUUUCUUUUUUACUCCUAUUUUGAAAGGGCAGUAUUUUCAUUUGUCGGACAAAGCUCAGCAGGAAACAGGAAGAAGAGGCAAGGAAGCUACUUCACUUUUGUUUCCGGGACAGCGUCUUCACGCCGUCUUGCCUGUGACAUCAUCAAACAUCUCUAGGUACCACGCACACACAACCAGUCCAAUUUGGUAUGUCUCAACAUUUCAACUUCCUCUCUGCAAAAAUGUCACUUUUUCCUAUUUUUUGAUACUAACUUAUUCUAACAACUUUUACACGCGGAGACAAAACCCCUCAAAGUUUUCUAUCGUCUCAACAAAACUUCAUGCAAGACGUCAGAAAAAAAAAAGAAUAUAACAGCAUUCCUUUUUUUUUAGGCGCUUUAAACCUUUUUCUAGAUGCUCCUUCUAUUUUUUCUACCACAUAGAUACAUUUUAAAAGAUUUUAAUUAAGAUUUUAAGAAAUAUAUAUAUAUUUUAACUCUGCCCCCAUGGUUGUACUUUGUAAUUUAAGUGUGCGAGGUUGACGUCGUCUGCGCUAAUUUGCUUUUAGCACAACAACUUGUCUAGUUUUUGGCUGACUAGUAAUAUUGUUCAUAUACAGGAAUUGUGUCUGUUUUGUGUGUAAAUGUCAUCUGUAAGUAGAUAAGCUGAACUUCCACAUUUUAAGUGUUUUUGUAAAACAUUUGAGUAAAAAAAAUAUAUAAUAUUAUUAACAACCGUC